AUGAACUCUCUCGAUCGUCAACUCAAGUUAACGUUCGUAGGUGUACUGCUCGGCUCCUUCUCUCUGCUAUCUCCGAGGAGGGCUGCUUCUCAGAAGAAUGCUUGUCAAGGCUAUGUGGAGUCUUCAAGUACGAAGCCGAUGAACCAAGAUGACCGGCCACUUGCGUUGAAUGAGUACCAAUGGUUCGAGAAAACCAGCUAUGCUGUUGCAUUGAAACAUGUCAACGCGUGGCCAGCAAGAUACGUGAUCGACCUCUUACACUACUCUUGCCAGAUCCAAUACCCACCUCAAUUGCCGGAAGACGUCCAGAAGGCCAAGAUCAUCCAUGAGACAAACACGAUAUACGUCCAAGCAGUUCUGUACACUGCCGAGGCACGUUCUUCCACUUCGUCAUGGACAGUCGAAGAUCUCCCACGGUCAUCUUAUUCCAGCAAGUCUCAACCCUCACCAGCCGAGAUCAAGAGGACAUUGUAUCAGAACGUAUUCGAGAGUUAUACCCAAAUCGACAAACGUCUAGCUGCAUUGCGUUCUCCUUCUAUAUCUGGCUCUACUACGAACGAUGUCGCCCAGAUGAGCGAGAAACUGGUUGUUCUGGCCCCUCUGGCCUUCGAAGCUCUGUUGUUUACGACUUCUGCCGACAGAGAAGCCGGUCGGCCUGUGGAUGAGUUGUCACUCAGUCAGAUUGUCGACCGAGCCAUGCAGCUACAACCGCCUUACAAGACCUAUUCUCUCUUGGCAGACUUGAUCUUAUCAGCUGCUUCCACGACCGCUUCGUCGAGGGAUCAGGAAGAGGGUGUUGCGUCUCUGACAAGGAUUCGACUUCCCGUUUCAACUGCAACCAAUCUUCUAGCGAAACUCAUUCAAGGCCUCCGAAAUCAUCCAGACUACGAUAUUCCACAGGCUUCACGCUGGGUCCGCUGCGUCGUCCAUGUCAUUCUCGACCAGCGUGGCGCGACUCAGACUGUCUCCGAACCAGACUCGGCCAUCGAAGAUGCGAAUAACUUGGAAACAUUGAAAAUGAUCACCGAGCAAGCUUUGGCAUUGGCACGCUCAAGCACAACAUCCCCAACAAGUCAAGGAGGUUCUAGCGCACGUGUACAAAGCUCUCGUCAACAUAGCAGUUAUCCAGCGGAGGAGCUGGAAUGGCUCGCGACGAUGCUAUUCAAUCUUUGUAUCGACAUUUUCGUGUCUUCCUCGUCCUCGUCCUCGUCCUCUUCCUCUUCCUCUUCCUCUUUAAAAUCAUCUCCUUGUCAAGUUGAGAUAGUGAUCAGCGACGAACAGUAUCCUCCCAAUGAUGCGAGGAACAUUCUCCUACAGCCACAAUUCUGGGCAGGAAAAGCUGUUGAGAUCGCAGAUCUCAUGGGUGAAAUGGGAUCGCGGUCAAAGGGCGAACACACCGCCACCAAUGCCGGAGACAAUGGUCUUCUUGCCGACAUGUUGAGAGAGCGGUCCCGAAGUCUGGGAUGGGAGUUGUAG